CUUGGUCGUCUCUUCAUGAUCGGGAUAUCGGUCCAAAUUGUAGGACACACGGUAAUGAGUAACGAGAGUCAGUUCACCAGAAUAAUUAUCGUCUGAUAAGAAUAUUAUAUCAUUACUCCGAAAGUCUGAUCCUACCUUGAAGGUUUUGAUAUCAGUUACUCAUAUAACAUCUUAACUUCACCCACUCAAAUGGUGUUUAAGAUAUUUGCAUAAUUUAUUUUCCCCAUAAUGACAUCAGGAAAUAACUUUGACAAGGCUCAAGGAGUCGACUCAGUCCGGAAACACAAGAUCAAAGGACUUUACUUAUUUGAAAGAUGUUCCGGGGGAAUACUCAAUCUCAAGUUUGAUUCGGAAGUAUUAGAGUCAUUUUACUACAAAUGUACUUACCCAAGUUCACGUGGGAGAUUCCGUUUUGGCACUGUAUUAACAGCUUUUCUGUCAGUCGCUUGGUUGAUAUAUUUUUCAAUUCUGCAACAUCCUAGUUGUUUAAUAUACAGGAUCGGAUUCAGUCUUGGUGUUGUGAUCUCACUUACUUAUUUCUUAAUGAGCUUCUUCGACAAACUUUUCAGAUCACGAGCUAUAUUAAUCAGUGUUAGUCACGCAUGGAUUUCAUGCUUGCUUGGGUUGCUUGCAUUUACUCCACCAGAACCUGGUGCUACUUUGGCUUUUAAUCUCAGUUUAAUUCUUCAGCUCAUAUUGAUCACAUAUACCAUGGCUCCUUUGCGCUUAUGGCAGCUGUUGGCAAUUUGUGGACCCGUUAGUGUCUUGCAAAUAGUUUUAGCAAGUGUGAGGUACGACCGGGUCCCAGGCUGGUUUAUACUGUUGUUUUUCGUCGGUCAUUUCUCUGUUCAUUUGAUUGGAAUUAAUCUUCACUUGAUGUCUCAAGUUUGGCGCCGAUCGACAUUUUUACGCAUGGGUUAUAAUGCUUUAAUGCGAAAAGCAUUAAAGAAAGAACAAGAAAUACGCGAUGAUAUGAUUCGUUCAUUAAUGCCUAAUCAAGUUGCACAAGAAGUAAUGCGUGAAGUGGGCAAUGAAAGUUCUAUUGAAUAUGACACUAAUGAUGAUGAUGAUGAUCAUAAGCGUUCAAACGACAAGAAUAAAAAUAAGCAUAAAAGUAAUGAGUCUAAGCAAAGUCACCAUAGAAAAUCGAAAGACAAAAAAUCACACGAAGCGAAUUGUAUCAAUUUAGGUGAAAGUUUUAAAAUUAGUGGACUCAGUUAUGCUGGUGAUGAGGUAGAUAGUGAAGAUGAAGAUGAAACACAAACUCCAAAGAAAGCGAGUGUUGGGAGUAACUGUGAACAACAGCCUAUACGACAAGAUGACUUAGAAAUGGGUUCUGGCGUUAGUGAUGCUGGCAAUCCUUGUAGUCAAAAAUGUAGCUUAAUGCCUAAAGCAGCUGUUGUACCUCCAUCACGAGCUGUCGCAUUUCGAAAGUUUCAUGUGAAUCAAUUAGAAAAUGUCAGUGUAUUAUUUGCUGAUAUUGUUGGUUUUACUAAAAUGAGCUCGAAUAAAUCUGCGUCACAUCUUGUCUACCUGUUAAAUGAUCUUUUUGGGAGAUUUGAUCGUUUAUGCGAACUUGUUGGUUGUGAGAAAAUCGCCACUCUUGGUGAUUGUUAUUAUUGCGUUUCUGGUUGUCCGAAUCCAACCGAAGAUCAUGCUGAGCGAACAGUGGAAAUGGGUAGAGCAAUGUGCUUAGCUAUACAACAGUUUGAUGAAGAUCAUUCAGAGGAAGUGAAUAUGCGUGUCGGUGUACACACUGGUAAAGUGAUCUGUGGAAUUGUCGGAACAAGACGUUUUAAAUUCGAUGUUUGGUCAAAUGAUGUUACAUUAGCUAAUGAAAUGGAGUCCAGUGGUGAAGCGGGAAAAGUGCACAUUUCUGAGGCCACUUUAAGUUUUGUAAAAAAUAUUUAUGAAGUUUCUGAAGGAAAACCUGUUCAUGAUAUUCGAAAAUUCAAAGUGUUAGUUGAAUUUUUUAAUAAAGAAGAACAAUGUUUCGCCAUUAAGCAUACUCAAGAUGAAGCUAUGAUCAAAACAUAUUUUAUUGAAAAACGUUUGGAUGAUAAGCCAGUUGUCAGUUUGCCACCUAUGCAACUGGAAGUUGGUCCAGUUCAAUUACAAAGUAUUAAUAAUGUUUGCGAUAGUGAAACUGUUACCACAAAUAAUAAUCUGCAUGAUGAAUCACGGAAUAUUGACGCAGUUAUCCCAACAGCAAUGAAUACUAGUAUUUCAUCAACCACGGAGAUUCACAACACUUUUACCUCAUGUCAUCCACUUGUGAAUAACGAAAGUACUAAUAAUGUCGCUAAGAAACCUGACGGCAUUACACAACAUAAUGGUGGAGAUAAUAAGAAGCUGGUGGAUAGCAGUCAACUCCCACAAUCGGUUUCAACAGUCUUAACAGAAAAUCGUCUUUCUAUGGAUAAUAAGAACAUAACUAUACCGCAUACUGCUACAACAACAACAACAACUACUACUAUAACUACUUCGUAUGCUAUUAGUCGCGGUUCUGAUGUGGAAAUGUUGCAGGCAUUACAAGAUUUUGUUCAACCUGAUGAAAUUUUCAUUUUUCCACCAAUAUCCAGAUUAAGUUUGAAUUUCUUUGUUCCCAUGGUUGAGAAAAGUUAUCGACGUUUAGGUUUACGACGUCCAAGAACUCACUCUAUUGAGAAAUUAUCAUGGUCCACACCACGUAUCGCUCCAUUUAUUAAUACAAUUACAGAGACAAUAUUGAUUUUCGUUAUUGCUAUAACAUGUUUAAUUGUUUUUCCAGAUGCUCGAAAAGCAGUGAAUACGCCAAGUUUUUAUAUUAUUCUAUUUAUCGCCUUCAUGAUACAUACACUAUUAUUGACAUUGUUAAUUUCCGAUUUGGCUGCAUGGGCCUGGUGUCCAAGACGUUGCAAUAGUAGUAGUAAGUCCAUGUUGAAAACUAGUAGCCGUUAUGAUUGGCGACGUAUAGUGAUUCGGCUAUAUGGGAAGCUGUUUCGUUGGAAUUCACGUAAUGUGAUUGGUGUUUUUAUUUUGAUCUUACCAACAUCUGUCGUUUUGUCGACCUAUUCUUAUUGUUUAUUUAAUAAAUAUACACCUUUAAUAACACUCGAUGCGUCAUCAAAUCAUAAAGACACCUAUUAUUAUUCUCACAUGUUUUAUGCUACUUAUCGUACACAGAUUGGUUUGUUGUUCACUUUUAUGUUUAUUAACUGUACAUUGUACACAUCGUUUUCCUCUUGGACGAAAACUAUUUCAGCUACAUUCGUCUGUUCAUUGGGUAUACUACUGAUAUCCUUACAUAGAACACUUCAGUACACGUGUUCGCCACAGCAUGCUCAGUCGUGGUAUUCGGCAAUAAAAUAUAGUUUUAAUAGUCCAGCAAUUAUUGAAGAACGACUAGAAAAUCGAAAUUCAUCGUUGUUAUUUGAGUUUCCUGAUUGGUCAUAUCCAGCCAUGUCUGAUAAUGCCGUGUAUGAGUAUAUCGUGAUUGGAUUACUUACUUUGAUUCUAGUCGGUGCAUUGAAUCGUGAGUUUGAUAUUAAUUUCCGAUUAAGUUUUCAUCGAGAUUAUGAAGCUCUACGAGCUAAGGAAGCUAUCGGUCAUCAAAAAUUGCAAGCUGAUUGGUUAUUGGAGAACAUUAUUCCAUAUUAUAUAAUGAAUGAUUUACGUCAGCAUAAUAAAUACUCUCGACAUAUUGAAGAUGCUGGUGUUGUUUUUGCAUGUAUUGCGAAUUUCUCUGAGUUUUAUGACGAACAAUACCAAGGUGGUCAAGAGAUGUUACGUGUUAUGAAUGAAAUAUUUGCUGAUUUUGAGCAUCAACUCGCUUUAUCAAAAUAUAAAGACGUCGAGAAAAUCAAAACAAUCGGUUCAUGUUUUAUGGCUGCUUCUGGAUUAAACAUGACUGAACGUAAACGCAAUAAACGAUCAGAUGAACAUUUGUGGGCAUUACUUGAUUUUGCUUUGGAUUUAAUUCAUACACUAGAUGAUUUCAAUCGCCAAAUGUUCAAUUUUCAAUUUGA